UACUCAUCGUCACCUGAUUAUUAUUAUUACUACAACAAUCUACUACUACAACUUACUAUUCUUUUGUUAUCUCAAUUUUCCAAUCACUUUCUUUAAUUAUUUUUCCAUGUAUAAUCUCUAGUGUUUUAAAGUUAAAACCUUUGGAUCCAUCAAUUUCCAUGUUUCAAUAUUUUUGGCACACAAUUCUUCUACUUUUAGCUCUUUCAUUUUUUUUCUUUCCUUCUUUACUAAUCGGAGCGACAUAGAACUGAAUCUUUAGUAAAUCAAGCAAGCAUCACAAUUUUUUGAUAACGUACAAAUUUUUAAGGGGGGAAUGGGAAUUUGUUAUUCAUCAAGUAGAAGCAAGAGCAGUGAUGGAUUAUGGGAUGGUAAGAAUGAAACUAAGUUGAAGAAGAACAGUUACAGUGGAGAUUUUAGCUCUUUUUUAAGCAAGUUAAGUGGUGGUGUUGGUGGAGAGGAAAAGGGGCUGCAUCAUAUACCUGGAAGGCUUUUGGGAAAUGGGGCAACUUCCCUUGCUUGCUUAUAUACUCAGCAAGGGAAAAAAGGAACUAAUCAAGAUGCUAUGAUUGUUUGGGAGAAUUUUUGCUCGCGAAGUGAUACAAUCUUUUGUGGAGUAUUUGAUGGACACGGUCCCUAUGGCCAUAUGGUGGCAAGGAAAGUUCGAGAUACUCUUCCAUUUCUUCUGUGUUCCGAGUGGGAAGUUAAAUCCGGUGGUGAUCAACAUAAUGCUUCUGAGAACAGAAAUACUAAUGGAGGUUCACAUCUUGAUGACGUCUUGGAUGAUGAUCUGAUUGAAGCUAUGGAAGCUGAGAGCAACGAAAAGUUCCCAGAAGUACAUCUUCCCCUUAAAAGGUCAAUGUUAAAAGCUUUCAGGGCAAUGGAUAAAGAACUCAAGUUACACCCAACGAUUGAUUGCUUCUGCAGUGGGUCAACUGCUGUUUCCUUGAUGAUGCAGGGCCAGGAUAUAAUAGUUGCUAAUGUUGGUGACUCAAGAGCGGUAUUGGCAACUAAAGAUAAAGAAAACUAUUUAAUGGCUGUACAGUUAACAGUAGAUUUGAAGCCUAAUCUUCCAAGAGAAGCUGCUAGAAUACAUAAAUACAAAGGCAGGGUUUUCGCAUUGCAAGAUGAGCCAGAGGUGGCACGUGUGUGGUUGCCGAAUAGUGACUCUCCUGGCUUGGCAAUGGCCAGAGCAUUUGGUGAUUUUUGUCUCAAGGAUUUUGGUUUAAUUUCUGUACCCGAUGUGUAUUAUCACCGUGUUAUUGAUAGGGACAAGUUUAUUGUUCUAGCAACUGACGGGGUUUGGGAUGUCCUUUCUAACAAGGAAGCUGUGGAUAUUGUUGCCUCAGCCCCAAGUCGAGCUACAGCAGCCCGAGCUCUUGUUGACUGCGCGACAAGAGCUUGGAGGCUAAAAUACCCCACAUCAAAGACUGAUGAUUGUGCUGUAGUAUGCCUUUUCCUGGACCGUUUACCUGCACCUGAUGCCGUUGUGACAGCGACACAACAUGAUUUGACAAAGUCCCCUGAAGUGGAAAUGAAGACAAUUAUUACAGAUGGCAACCUUGAAAGUGCAGAUAGUAAUACUGUUUCAGCUUCUCAUAUUGCAGUUCUUGAACAUUCAGGUACUACAAAAGAUGCGAGUGAGAUAGUUCCUGUCGACGAGUCAAUAGAAGAACAGCUUGCUGAUAAGGGUCUUGGACAUUCUACGAGAAGCCUAGCCGAGUGCCUUUCAACUUCACAAGAUGAGGAAUGGUCAGCCCUCGAGGGAGUUACCAGGGUUAAUAGCCUUCUUAGUCUUCCUAGAUUCUUGUCCAGUGACAGAAGGUCAGCCAGUCGGAGAAAAUGGUUGUAAGACAUCAAGGCAACGAUACCUCAAGGCUAAUGUAAGUGAUAUAUAAUGCUGUUCUCAAAGACUCUGUAAAUCAAAACAUGGUAGCAACAGUAGUAGUACAAGCCUAAACCCUAGAAAAUUGCCCGGAAUGUAAAACAGCUUCUGUGCUCGAUGACUAUCCAAAUCGGCAAUGCUUUUUGGUAGGGAUAUCUAUAACUGAUGAUCACAUCUGAGUACAACGCGACGCCUCAGAGAGAAAUAACACUUUCUUGUGCUGUGUGAUAUUUUACUUUCAUGUCCAAGAUGGGAUCAUCCUCCAGUGCACUCUAGGUGGAUGUUUGUUUUGGUCAUUUUUUGAAUAUUGCAGAACAAUGAAAAUUUACGUUUCAACUUUAA